AUGGAUGACACCGAGAGAAUCGCUCCUGAUGAAGAUAUACAGCUGUUGACUCCUCUAACUGAGUACAAUGCCACUCUAAUUACCAAAGGAACUCGAGUCACGGAAGACGAACCGCCAUUCCCAAAGCACCUAGGUUAUAUGGACUUAGAUGCUCCACCACUUACACAGAGUACCUUCAAAUCUUCGCCCAGCCCCGACGAUUCCGUGAAUUGUGAAACAGGUAAAGAGUUACACAAUCAGAUCGACGAGUUGCCGGAUACUGGUAAUAUCAAUGAUAUGUGGAUAGACAUGGAGCAGAACUUAGAUGGCAUCGACUUGGACAACGAUGAUUUAGAGUACCAGAAGGCGAAGGCGGCCUUCGAGGCUGAAGUAAACCCAAGUCUGGAAAGCGAAAUCCGAUUUAGGAAAAUUGAGAUAAAAGACCAAAUGCGCCGUUCCCGGAUGAAACUUCGAGAGGUAAAUGGUAGGCUAGAAAACAAUGCACCAGCGCAUACCUUCAGUUUGGAUGAUCAUGAGGACGAAUUCCAAGGACAGGAAAUGGAGGAAAUAGUAGAAAUGAAUGAUGGGCAACAAAAUGGUGACGAACAAUUUGGCCUCUUUUGCUCGGAUGAUGAGGAUUUUGAUACUCCUAUGGAUCUAGCUGGCUAUAACUUUCCGGAGAAUACGACUGCCUUACUUGUCGCCCCCGAGAAUCCAACAGUGUCAAAUAAAGGGGCCAAACCUAAAGGAGGGAGCACUCGCAAAUGUCGACCAAAAAGAGGGACCACUCCACCCGGCCAGAGAACGGCUAAAAAUGGGGAUAAAAAUAAAAAUAAAAAGGUCUGCACAAGCCGCGUUAGAAAACAUGCGGGUCCACCCAAACGACAAAGGAAGGCCCGGAAGGGAAAAACUCUCAGUAAUAUGAAUUUCGAGAGUAUAUUCUCUUCAAACCUAGUGGAGAAGGCGAAGGAGAAUAGAUCGAAGCCCGUACUUCCUAAGGUUUCCGCGACAAAUAAAAAAGAUUAUUUGAAGGAGCUUGUUAGUGCUAUUCCAACAUCAGAUGGCGCUACUGUCACGGGGGAUAGAAGAGCAAUUAUGGGUGCUUCUUUAAAAUUUACAAGAAAGCCCAGGGCAGAUGGGAAUGGGGGCUGGAAACACCCAGAUAUGACAACAAGCCUUUUCCAUUACCAGCUUCUCGGCGUCGGCUUCAUGCGCGACCGCGAGAAUGUCACCGCAAAGCCAAAGGGGGGAUUAUUAUGCGAUGAGAUGGGAUUUGGGAGAUCCAUCCAAGCAAUAGCGAACAUGGUCGAUGGGAAAGCGCCACCCGAUAGCAAGGAGUCAGGAGUAACUCUGAUAGUUGCUCCACCGCAUCUAACGACCCACUGGAAAAAUCAAUUGCUGGAGCACGUCAAACCUAGAGUCUUAGGGCAUAUCAUUAUGUACUGUUCACGCGAGAAGACUGACCUCGAUCUUUUUAUCCAGUCGGGGGGGCUUAAAACUGUUGGUGUCAUUAUCACAACGUAUAGGGAGGUCCUGACUUCUUGCAAAUUUCCACUUCCUGCUACUACCGAUAAAAACGAACAGAUGAAAUGGAAACUGCAAAACUGCGGUCCCCUCCAUAGAAUCCGUUUCCGUCGAAUUUACUUGGACGAGGCACAUGAGAUAAAAAAUUAUCUCACCAAAACAAGCAAGGCGGUUAGAUUUCUGUCGGCAAAAUUUCGAUGGGUCAUUUCGGGAACACCUAUCCACAAUUAUUUAUUUACUUUUAUCAGCUCUAUCAAAGAGUUCUAUCCAUACUUCGAUUUUCUGGACGUCCCCGGAAUGGACAACUUCGAAAUCUUCUCGAAGAAACUUAUCCAGGAUGAACCCGGAAACCGCUGUCUCAGAAACUACCUCCGAGCGUACAUGUUACGGAGAACUCACGAAGAAAGCUUGUUUGGUCUGCCAUUACUUGACCUCCCAGACAUUGAUGAAAACACGAUCACAACGAAAUUUUCUAUUGUGGAAAGAUUUGUCUAUAACCAAAUCGUCAACAAUUUCAUGGUCAACAAUUUUUAUCAGAUACGCACUGCCGAAGGCAACAAACAGUACUUGGUCCUCCUACUCAAGCUUCGUAUGUUUACAAGCCAUAUGCUGCUGUCGCAGGACUUUAUACAAGACGCCAUGACCCUUCCUAUCAUGGAAGAGCUCGGUGCCCUGGUGGCCCAAAAUCCACAAAGUGAGAAUGUUGAAAUGUACGUCUUAUUAAAAAGGCUGCUGGCGAAUGAGGCAUUCUCUCCAGGGGCUCCACCUACAGGGGAAAAAAGGGGGAAACCGACUAGUUUGGCUGAAGCGUUUCAAGACACGCUAAACAACCCAGACGCCAGUGACACUUUUCGUGAAAAUCCGGAAACCCGCGUAUUAAUCUCUUCCCUUCGAACCGGAGGGACUGGCCUGGAUCUCACCGUGGCGACAAAAUGUCUCCUUGUGGACCUAUGGUGGAACGAAGCCAUAGAACAACAGGUGACGAACACCUCAGCAUUUUGCCGACUAUUUCGUAUUGGACAAAAGAAGGACGUUGAGGUUGUUAGAAUAUGUGUCGAAGACACUGUCGACGACAGGAUACAACUACUUCAGAAUAAAAAAACCGCUCACAUUGAAGGUGCAAUGGGAUCCAAGGUACUCGCAGGAAGGGAUACCCUCGAGGACGUUUUGAAGUUAUUCAAUAUGGUUGAAGACGAGAACUCGGAGACAGGAUUCGCUUAUCUAUCUGGCAAAGGAAGCGGCACCAAAAAGCCAGUUGCUGAAUGCUCAGAGGAUGAGGAUAACCACUGCGAAGAGUUUGAUGAUCAUACCGAUAACCGUCCCGGAGGGGUGGAUGGCAAUACUGAAGGGAAGCCAGGCACCGCUCGCUCGCAAGACGAAUACUUUGAUCUCGGGAGCUAUCAUCGCCCCGUGAGCACAAGUAGCCCCGAUGCUCAAACCUGGUUCGAUCGUGGGUUGAUCUGGAGCUAUGCCUUCAACCAUGACGAGGCAGCUCAAUGCUUUCAGCGAGCUAUCGAGAUUGAUCCAGACUGCGCCAUGGCAUAUUGGGGACUAGCAUACUCAUCUGGACCCAACUAUAAUAUGCCAUGGGCGUUUUUCAAUGCCAAACAGUUGGGAGAGGUGGUGAACAAAACUCACACUGCGGCUUUACAGGCGGAAGCAAAAGCAAAAGCACCAACUGUAUCGGCGGUUGAGAAGGCGCUAACCAAGGCGCUCACAUUUCGAUACCCGCAAGAACACCCCGCAGAAGAUUGCUCGGUGUGGAACAAAGGAUAUGCUGAGGCUAUGAAAUUGGUAUAUCAGGAAUUCCCGGACGACCUAGAUGUGGCGACACUCUAUGUAGACGCGCUGAUGAACCUGACGCCCUGGAAACUAUGGGACCUGGUUACUGGACAUCCAGCUAAGGGGGCGCAUACCCUUGAGGCUAAGGAUAUUCUUGAUCGUGCGUUAGCCCAGGAAGGCGGGCUUGCUCACCCUGGACUACUCCAUUUAUAUAUCCAUCUUUUGGAGAUGUCUACCUCACCCGAGACGGCAUUACCGCCAGCCAACCGCCUAAGACGUCUCGUCCCAGAUUCUGGCCAUUUGGAACAUAUGCCAUCUCACAUAGACAUUCUCUGUGGUGAUUAUCAGAAUGCAGUCAAGUCAAACUCAGACGCCAUUGUGGCCGAUGAAAAAUUUGCACCCCAAGACGGCAAGUUGAAUUUCUACACCCUCUACAGGUGCCACAACUAUCAUUUUAAAAUAUAUGCAGCCAUGUUCUCGGGCCAAUCAAAAAUCUCGCUUGAUACAAUCGCGCAGAUGGAGGCGAAUAUACCGGAGCAAGGACUACGUGAAUCCCCGGCAAUGGCAAACUUGCUAGAGUCGUUUGUCGCAAUGCGGGUACAUGUUCUUAUCCGUUUCGGAAUGUGGGAAGAUAUCAUCGCGCUCGAAAUUCCAGAGGAUCGGAAGCUAUACUGUGUAACUACAGCAAUGAGGCUAUACGGGAAGGGAGUUGCGUAUGCAGCUACUGGCAACAUCGAAAAGGCGCGAGAGGCACGCGAGGCCUUCCAUGAGGCGAUGAAAUGUGUCCUGCCAAAGCGCAUGGUAUUCAACAAUACUUGUGGCGACAUCUUAGCCGUCGCCUCUGCGAUGUUAGAUGGGGAACUUGAAUAUCGUCUCGGAAACUACGACGCGGCAUUUGACCACCUGCGACGGUCGAUAAAAUUAUACGACUCACUGCAUUACGACGAACCUUGGGGCUGGAUGCAACCGACCAGACAUGCCUAUGGUGCACUUCUACUCGAGAGAGGACACAUCCAGGAAGCAGCUGCCGCAUAUAGUGCGGAUCUCGGACUUGAUAAUACUGUGCCACGCGCCCUUCAGCAUCCGAACAAUGUCUGGGCGUUACACGGGUACCAUGAAUGCCUUGAAGCGCUCGGGAAGGUGGAUGAAGCUGCUAAAGUUGGACAACAGCUGGCUACAGCGCUUGCACUGACGGACGUGCCGAUCAGAUCGUCCUGUUUCUGCCGACUCCGCAAUGUUGCUGCUAGAAUAUAG